AUGGGGGCUGGGAAUCUUUUGCUCUCUGCUGCUGUCCUGUUUUCUGGCACCACCUAUGCAAAGUUAGCAGACAUGUCAAGCUACCUGAAAAUGCCAAUCCUUGGCAAGAGCCAGUUUUAUGUGCUUCAGAAGCAAUAUUUGUUCCCUGUUGUGAACGAAACAUGGAUCACGUGUCAGACCAUGGUCUUGGAUGGGCUCAGCCAGGAAUCGGACAUUGUUCUCUCUGGCGAUGGGCGGUGCGAUAGCCCAGGGCACUGUGCAAAGUAUUGCACAUACUCAGUGAUGGACACGAAAACAGGCCUCAUUGUGGAUUUCACAGUGAAAAAUAAGGCAGAUCCCAGUGUUAAGAACUCUAAUGCAAUGGAGCCGAUGGGCCUGAGGGAAUGCCUCAACAACUUGAAGAAGUGGGACAUUAAUAUCAGUAUCCUUGCAACUGAUAGACAUACGGUGAUUCGAAAAAUCAUGAGGGUCGAAUUUCCUGAAAUUGCCCACCAAUUUGACCUGUGGCACUUUUGUAAAAGUAUCCUGAAGAAGAUUACCAAAGCGUGUGGCAAAAAAAAACCAUUGGCUCCCCUGCUAGAGUGGAUGCAGUCGAUCAGUAAUCAUUUCUGGUGGAGCGCUGAAUCCUGCAAUGGUAGUGUUGAUAUCCUCCAGGAAAAGUGGAAAUCGGUGAUCAAUCACACAGCCAACAUCCAUUCCUGGAGGGACAAGGAGCACUUUCACCAGUGUGAGCAUCCUCCUCUCAGUGAUGUGGAUAGGAGGCAGAAGUCUUGGCUGGGUGUUGGUUCUCAGGCUCAUGAUGCCCUGGUCAAGAUUGUUCAGAACAAAAAUGUAAGGAAAGAUCUCAAGAAAUGCACCCUCUUCCGCCAUACAGGUGAUCUGGAGGUGUACCAUUCCCUCAUGCUAAAAUAUGCCCCGAAGAGACAGCAUUUCUCUUAUGAGGGCAUAGUUUGUCGUACCCAGUUGGCCGCAAUUGACCACAACUAUGGUUCAGGUCGCCAGCAGGCUACCACAAAGCUGGACCAGCCAAGGUACAAUGUGGUGCAGCCCAAGACUUUUACCAAAACAAACAAGUGGGUGGCAAAGCAGGUGAAGGUCGCCAAGGACCAUAGCUACUGA